AUGGGUGAAAGCUACAGAACUGACAGCUACAUAACUGACAUCUACAUAACUGACAGCUACAUAACUGACAGCUACAGAACUGACAGCUACAUAACUAACAGCUACAUAACUGACAUCUACAUAACUGACAGCUACAGAACUGACAACUACAGAACUGACAACUACAUAACUGACAGCUACAGAACUGACAGCUACAUAACUAACAGCUACAUAACUGACAUCUACAUAACUGACAGCUACAGAACUGACAACUACAGAACUGACAACUACAUAACUGACAACAACUACAUAACUGACAGCUACAGAACUGACAGCUACAUAACUGACAUCUACAGAACUGACAGCUACAUAACUAACAGCUACAUAACUGACAUCUACAUAACUGACAGCUACAGAACUGACAACUACAGAACUGACAACUACAUAACUGACAGCUACAGAACUGACAGCUACAUAACUAACAGCUACAUAACUGACAUCUACAUAACUGACAGCUACAGAACUGACAACUACAGAACUGACAACUACAUAACUGACAGCUACAGAACUGACAGCUACAUAACUAACAGCUACAUAGCUGACUACAGAACUGACAGCUACAGAACUGACAACUACAUAACUGACAGCUACAGAACUGACAGCUACAUAACUAACAGCUACAUAGCUGACUACAGAACUGACAGCUACAGAACUGACAGCUACAUAACAAUCCAGACCCUGCCUGCUGUAGAUGUUAGAUCGACCAUUGAAGUUACCAUUGAGGCUACGCUUGAAGCUACCAUUGAAGCUAGCACCGAGGCUAAAAUUAAAGCUACCAUUGAGGCUACCUUUGAGGCUAAAAGAGAAUCUACCAUUAAUGGUACCAUUAAAGCCGCCAUUGAAGCUACCAUUGAGGCUACCAUUGAAGCUACCACUUAA